AAGGCAUUUUAAAUUUCAGAAAUGGUGUUCCAAAGCCACAGCCCAACCCAAUAAUAGUCACGGGGACUAUAAAAGGGAAGUGGAUAAGCAAAAUAUAACCACACAUUACAUUAUAGGAAGCCAUGGAAACCAUCUCUAUCUCUCCAAACUCAUCUGCCCUCAUCGUUCUGACUAGACGUUCACUGCCAUCAACAAGGCACACCCAAAUCUUCUUUCCUCACCGUCACGGUUCUCUCAGUUUCAACCCCAUAUGCUGCACUACCACUGAUAAUAACACAAGCAAUGAUGAUGCAGACUCAGUUCAAGCACCAAGUGCAACACCAGUUAAUCCUGUAGAAUUGAGCUUCCGGAAAAGAUCAAGAAGGCAAGCUAGACGGCAGAGGGAGAGGGAAAACGGCAUGCAAUCUACAAACAGAAGGGUUGAGAGUCCUCCCAAGAAAUGGGAAGAAAUGAGUUUGAGUGAGAAAGCAGUGGAGCUUUAUGUGGGGGAGAAAGGUGCUCUCUUUUGGCUCAACAAAUUUGCCUAUGCUUCAAUCUUCAUAAUGAUCGGGGGUUGGAUCUUGUUCAGGUUUGUGGGUCCUGCAUUCAACCUUUACCAGCUCGAUGGUCCUCCACUCGCCCCUACUGAUGUCUUCAAGUGAUUCCUCUCAGAUAUUAUAUGUAAAAUUCAGGGGCGCAAAAACCAGACAUUUUGUUGAAGAGAGUUCAAAUGCCACAUCAUCUUCUUUUAUAGUAUACAGACAUUUUUUCAUUGUUUAGAAUUUCACAUUAGUUUUACAGUAGAACUAACUACCCUUGACCAAAUUAUGAUUCCACGAGCACAGAAUUUCAUUUAUAAACAAACCUAAUAUAUGAAUGAUCCAUGUAAUCAUUUUCGUUUUGUGGGAUAACACUAUUGUCAUUGGUGUCUAUCAUCACUUUCUAUCUUGUGCUGAAAGGAAUCUGCUAUGUAAAAAAUAACUAGAGUCAGUGCUUUUUCAAGUAAAUCCGUGUAUUAAUACAUGACUCAAUUUUAAAUCCUUGGUUUAGUUCUUGACUUUAGAAAUAAAUUAUUUAUUUCAA